AUGAUGGCUGAUGCAGAUGGACAGGCCGUCAACGAGCCGUCGAGGGAGCUCGAGCUUGUGGCCAACGGAGAGGCCGAUGGAUUACGGGCAUGGCAUGCACGCGCUUGCCCUACGACUCUCAAGCUUCGCUCGCAUCAUCCCGACGAUCGCGCGUUGGCCGUGGGCUGCUCGAAUGGACGUAUAUACGUCUACAGCGACUAUCUUGACCCGAAUAAUUGGAAUCACCAAGCGUUAGUCCCUGGGUAUGACCUAUGUCCCGCAAGAAGCCCGCGCGCCACAGGCGAGGUGCUCUUGGGGCACGGCACUUGGCUCUAUGCCUCAACCGAGUUGGACGCCCAUGGUGACCAUUGGGUGAUCAACACAAGCAAGCGCAAUGGCAAGGGCAAAGGACGGUUGUGCGGUGGACAUGGACGGCCUGUGACCGAUAGUGGCGACACUAUGGCGCUAACCGAUGAUCGCGAGCGACUCGCGCUCUUCACACGCAGUAGAGAUGCGAAACACGUCCUGCGCCUAUACGACAUCAAGAAUACGAACUUUGACGCCGUCACGACCGUCACGCUAGAGCGCUUCCCUCGACGCAGCGAGAUCGCUUUGGAAGUCACUUGUGCGAAGUUUAGUCCCGACGGCUGCUUCAUCGCUAUCGGGCGCAACAACAAUUCCUUCCACUUAUACAACACGCGCAUGUGGAAGGAGCCCAUCCACCGGUUUCAGCACAACAUCUCGGCAAACGCACAGAAGAAUCGGUCCAUCGGUGCGCCGAAUUACGGUGUCACACAUUUCGAAUGGGUCGUGCCGCCUCGUGGAGGCGGACUUGGUUUUGUCUCAGGAGGUGGUGAUAGCUGUGUUUAUCUAUGGGAUAUGUGUAAUGCCCAUAGUGCUAGGCCAGAGCUCCUAGCCGAAAUGCAGCAUGGCGUUGCGACGUUCUCUAUUGGUGAUCGUCAGAACGGAGAGAAGAGACUCGUCGUGUGA